AUGAGUGGGUGCAGCAACAUUAUUAGAGACUGCAAGUGCAGCAGCAGCUACCCAGCAGCAAAUAGUUUGCUGCUGCUGCAGCAGCACAACCAAAUGAGCUGCUGCGCCAUAUCCGAGCAAGAGCUGCUGCGUCUCUACGCAGAAAACACAACUUUAAAUAAAAAGGCGGAUGCGCUGCAGCGGCAGGAAGUCGAUUUAAAUGAAGAGAAAGAAGAGAGACAAACGGCGAACGAGCAGCUGCAGGCUUCUGUGUCUGUUCUUUCUGGCGAGUUAAAUAAACUGCAGCAGCAGCAGCAGCAGCAGCAACAGCAGCAGCAAAGGGCGUUGGAGACUGCGCAGCAGCAAAUUGCUAAACAAACAUCAAAGGCUGCUGACGAUCUGCGGUCCGAGCAGCAGCAGCUGCAGCAGCAGCUGCGACAGGUGCAGCAGUUGCAGCAGCAACUGCAGCAGCAGCUGCAGCAACAGCAGCAGCAAUUGCAGCAGCAGCAGCAGCAGUUGCAGCAGCAGCAGCAGAAGCAGCAUUCCGAGCUGAAAAACGAGCAGCAGCAGCAGAAAGAGCAGCAACAGCAGCAGCAGCAAAAGUUGAGUUCCUUGGGAUGCAGCUACCAGCAGCUAGCUGAGCAGCAGCAGCAGCUAGCUAAAAAGACAGAGCAGCAAACAGCAACGCUGCAGCAGCUGCAGCAGGAGCUGGUAGAUGUGCUGGAGUUGGGGAGGCAGCAGCAGGAGCUGCUGCAGCAAGAGAAGCAGCUCGCAAGAGAGACUGCUGCACUGCAGCAGCAACAGGCUGCUGAUGUUGCUGCCUUGUUGGCACAGCAGCAGCAGCAGCAACAGCAGCAGCUGCAGCAGCAGCAGCAACAGCAAGAGCACUGGACCGAGUACAAGGAGCACGCAAACCAGCAGCAAGUGUGGCAGCAGCAUCUGGAGCAGCUGCAGCAGCAGCAGCUGCAGCAGCUGCAGCAGCAGCUACAGCAGCUGCAGCAGCAGCGGGACACAGCAGACAGAGCCAGCAUGGAGUGUAUAGACAGCCUGAAACUGCGGCAGCACGAGCAGCAGCUGCAGCAGCAAGAAGUGCUGCGGGAGCAGCAGUCGCUGUCUGCUCAGCUGCACCAGGUGCAGCAGCAGCAGCAGCAGCUGCAGCUGCUGCAGCAGCAGCAGCUGCAGCUCCAGGAGCAGCGGCAGCAGCACGAUGAUAGAGUCAAAUGGAAAAUAGAAGAAGAGCUGAAGCAGCUGCGGAGGAGACUGAUGGGUUCUGCUUCUCUUUUAAAAGAAAAAGGCACGCACAGACGCAGAGCUGCUGCUGCUGCUGCAGCAGAGCAGCAGCAGCAGCAGCAGCAGCAGCAGCAGGACACCCCCGGCCGUGCUGCUGCUGCUGCUGCUCCCGGCAGCAGCAGCAGUGAUGCUGAUUUUGCCUCUGAAGACAACAGCAACGCUUCAGACAGCGGCAAAGGGCCUCGAACUGCUGCUGCUGCUGCUGGCGCCCGCAGGCAGCAGCAGCAGCAGCAGCAGUUCGGCGCAGCAGCAGCAGCAGCAGCAGCAGCAGCAGGUCUGGGGAAGAGUCUUAGGACAGGAGAUAUGAGCAAGAGAGAGUCUUCAGCUCUUAACUACAUGCUUCCUCCAGCCUUUGCCUUUAAACAGCCCGGCAGCAGCAUCCCUGCUGCUGCUGCUGCUGCUGCUGCCGCUGCUGCUGCUGCUGCUGCUGCUGCUGCUGGAGCGGCGCCAGCAGCAGCAGCCAGCACGCCGCUGCCGUGCCUGCAACCGCGCAUGCCGCUGCCGCUUCCGCCCCCUCAGCUGCAGCAGCAGCAGCAGCAGCUGCAGCAGCAGCAGCUGCAGCAGCAGCAGCAGCAGCAGCAGCAGCAGCAGCAUUUAGGAGCUGCUUCUGGGGGCCCCGGCGUGCUCUGUGCUGCUGCUUUGGAGAUGCUGAUGCUGCGGGCCAAAUUAAAUAUAGCAGCAGCAGAACUGCAGCUGCUGAAGCUUAAGAAAAAGAAGCAAAAGCAAACCCUAAACCCUAAACCCUAA